UCCCAAAUAUAAAACAACAAAAACCCGAAAAGAAAAGCGAUUGAAAUGUUCCAGCUUAUAUAAUAAAUAUAAAUAUAAUAAAUAAUAAAAAAAGGAAAGAAGAAUCCGUUCAAUAAUGGAUGCCGAUCCCAGACAGUACGAACAAAUCAAAAUCAAUGAGAAAGACAGCCACAAUAUAAUCUUGUCGUAUCUCAUACAUGCUUGCUACAAAGACACUGUGGAAUCACUUGCUACUUCUGCUGGAUUAGAAGUAUCAGCUACUCGGUUGGAGGACAUGGAUAAACGAAGACGAAUUUUGCAAUUGGCAUUAGAGGGCAAUGCAUUGGAGGCUAUUACGCUAACAGAAAAAGUGUCACCUGAACUCCUUCAAAAUAACAAAGACCUACAUUUGGAUCUUUUGAGCCUUCAUUUUAUUGAACUGAUCCGUUUAGAGAAAUGCACAGAAGCGCUUGAAUUUGCUCGGGAGAAGUUGGCCCCUUUUGGGAAGAUGCCAAAUUAUGUUGAGAAGAUUGAAGAUUUCAUGGCCCUGUUAGCUUACGAGGAACCAGAUACAUCACCUAUGUUUCAUCUACUUAGCCCUGAGUACCGACAGAAUGUUGUCGACAGCUUGAACCGUUCAAUUUUGGCUGAUGCAGCUAUGCCAAGUUAUUCGGAACUAGAAAGGCUAAUCCAGCAGGCAACUGUAGUUAGGCAAUGCUUGAGUGAAGAACUUGGAAAGGAUGUACUAUCACCAUUCUCUUUAAAUGAUUUUCUGAAGAGCUAGGCCCGCAAUGUUCAUUUCUUCAAUAUGGAUAGAAGCCUCUUAGUUUGAUUUCUGUAUUCUGGGUUCUGUUGUGCGCCAUUGCUUGGUAUGUUGUAAUAGCUGUUCACACAUGGUUUCCUGUUUGGCCGAGAUCUCAUCCUCUUAUCACCCAAUCCAACUGAUGGCUUAUUUGCCUGUAUAAAACCUUUGUAAUUUUGAUCUUGUUUGGGUCAAAUCAGGGUGGAAAUAUUUCUCUCAUCAAUACUUCAAAUUCUUAGCAGGUUUUGUUUCUCAAAUGUAUAGAUUCAUUUGUUAGAACACAUAUGUUCUUUAGCUACUUUUAUCACUCGUCUUCUAUGGUACUAGGGGAAAACAACACAACUUAUUGAUAAAA